AUGUCUGAGCAGCCUUACGAUCCUUACAUUCCGUCUGGAUCCAACGGACCCAGCGCUACCGCUGCGCAAAAUGGCGACCCUCGGACGAGGGAGAUCGACAAGAAAAUCCAAGAGACCGUCGACACGAUGCGCUCAAACAUAUUCAAGGUCUCGGAGCGUGGCGAGCGCCUUGACUCGCUUCAGGAUAAGACCGAUAAUCUGGCAGUAUCAGCCCAGGGCUUCCGCCGUGGCGCCAAUCGGGUGAGGAAACAGAUGUGGUGGAAGGACAUGAAGAUGCGCGUAUGCUUGAUCAUCUGUGUCAUCAUUUUGCUUGUAGUGAUUAUCGUCCCUACUGUGAUCACCACCAGAAAAUAA